UGAUGCCGCGUGCGUCGAGCGGUCAGCCGCUACGCGCUGGACGGGUUUGAAUUAGCGGCUUUCACGUUCGCAGGGGAGUCCGAGCGUCGGAUCCGGUCGGUGAGAAAAAAAGGAAGACAGCGAAGGAGGACGGACAGACAGACAGCGAUCUUGAGGCGCGGCCGUCACUUAAUCUGAUGCUGAUGGCGUUCUUGGUGCAUGUCGCCUGAUGCCCUAAUUCCUGCCUCUGCCUUUGGGUCUGGUCAUAGAAGCUGGUGCAGCCUGGUUUGGGCAAAUCCGAUGAAAAUUACAGAAGUUGAACCUUUCUGCUAAAAUGAGCGAGGUUUUCAUUUAUUUCCAUGUGUACUUCUACUUUGGAGUUUGCAAGCACUUAACUUCUACAUCAUAUUCCUACUCCCAAACUUGUUAAACUUUCCAGGAUUAAAAGAAAAUGGCGGUGAAUGUUUAUUCUACAUCUGUAACCAGUGAGAACCUAAGUCGGCAUGAGAUGUUGGCAUGGAUUAAUGAUUCCCUUCAGUUGGCCUACUCCAAGAUUGAACAGUUGUGCUCAGGUACUGCAUAUUGUCAGUUUAUGGACAUGCUUUUCCCUGGUUGCGUUGGACUUAAAAAAGUGAAAUUUCAAGCUAAACUGGAACAUGAAUAUAUUCACAAUUUUAAACUUUUACAAGCAGCCUUCAAGAGAAUGGGUGUCGACAAAAUUAUCCCUGUUGAUAAACUAGUAAAAGGGAAAUUUCAAGACAAUUUUGAGUUUGUUCAGUGGUUCAAGAAAUUCUUUGAUGCAAACUACGAUGGUAAAGAUUAUGAUCCCAUACUUGCCCGGCAAGGUCAGGAAGCAGGUCCACCACCCAAUCAUGGUGAUCAAGGUUUUAGUAAACCCAAGAAAACGCUCAGUACAGGAACCACAGUUACUCAAAAAGUACAUCCAACACCAAAAGUUACAACUCCAAAACCUGUGUCUGGUGCACCAAAAAGAGCUGCAAUGGUGGGAAAUGGAGAUGCACAGGUUGCAGAACUAGCUCAACAGAUCAACGUACUAAAAAUUACAGUUGAAGAUCUUGAAAAGGAAAGAGACUUUUAUUUUGGGAAACUGAGAAAUAUUGAAUUAAUCUGCCAAGAAAAUGAACAAGACAAUGAUCCUGUGAUUCAGCGAAUUGUGGAGAUUUUAUAUGCAACAGACGAAGGGUUUGCUGUGCCAGAUGUAGCAGAUGAACAACCAGAAGAACAAGAAGAGUAUUAAACUUAUUACUUGGAUGCAGCAUAUCCAUGAUUGGAAUAGCUUGUCAAAAAUCAUGUGUGCAUGUGCACAUCAACAAAGGAAAAGACACUCUCUUUAUUUUCUGUAAAGUCAAAAGAGCUUUGUUUGUAAUUUUGUUAGUGUAAGCAAAAUUAAAAUGUACCUCCUUUCUAAAGUGCACUUUGCAGAAGUUUCAGUCCAUAUUUAACAAUGAUUGCUUCUACACUUUUACAUCUGAGCAACACUUGCAGAUGUAGAAGUAGAAAAUCUUGAAGGUCCUUCAGAGUGCUAUUGUAACAACUUGAUGCUUUUGCCACCACUAAAAGCUGACAUGCUCUUGGACAGUGUUAAAAAGGUUGUUGAUAGAAUGAUCACUGCAUGAUAAUGACUGUAAAUUGCACUGUAACAGAAAGUGUAUAGAAUGGUUCAGAUCUUUAUACAUUCAGUUGUAUGUUGAUAGUUAUAGCGUGUCCAAAAUUUGUUGUAUGUGGCAAGCCAGUUCAUUUGAUGUGCAAGAAUGACUUGGCUAUAAAUACUUUGCAUGAAUUUUGUAUGGUGAAAUUGACAUUAGAUCAACUGCAGGAAAUCGUUGUGGUGCCAAAUGUUCCCUCCAGCCAUUGUGGUUGUACUACAGCGGUGAAAUAUUUCCUGAAUUCUUCUGUGGCCUUUAUUCCUUCUACUGCCCUAAGAUUCAGUAUGCUGUAAGAAAAAUCAAAACUUGGUCUUAAAACUACAGGGUGUUUUUCUACUCAAAUCAAUUUCUACUAACAAUAAAGUUUGAUAUUUCAACAAAA